UUACUUAUUGACAUUUGAAAUUAAUUAACGUUGACAAACGGAACCGAUCCACCCCAACUGAAUUGAUCUAUCACUCACUGAGGAGGGAUUGAUUCAUCACACGGGAUAACUACUGAGACUAAGUCAGUCUGAGUCUACUUAACUCGAACUCAGAACUCAGCCAACUUCUACUUUACUUAACUUAUACUCCCACAAACAUCACCCCCGAGUAAUCGAUCUACCGAUCUAUCGAUCAAGCCAAAAUGAACACAACCACACCCACCCAAAACCAACAACACCAAAACCAAAGCCAAACCCCAAACCUCCACCUCCACACAACCUUCCCCCCAUCCCCACCACCAAAUAACAAACGCACAACCAAUCCCCCAAAUCCAACAAGAUUAGGACCAAUAACUCUCUCCCCCCAAAGCUCAACAACCACAAGCCCCACCUCCUCGCCCAUCUCCUCCUCCGCCCCGGAAUCCAUCUCCUCCGCCUCCGACCUAGACAUCUUCUAUACCUCAGAGGUUGAGUCGGAGUCUCCUCCGCCCUUCGCCUUUCGGCGCUUGCAUUAUCCGCAUCUGCAUUACCAUCAUCCGCCGCAGCAGCAACAGCAACAGCAGCAGCAGCAGCACACAAACAAAAUCAGUCUCAAUGCGAACACCACCUCGCUCCUCCCGCAUUCCCAUUCGCAUUCGCAUUCCCAUUUGGAUUCAAUGAUAGAAGCGACAAAAAUCCCGAGAACACCGCCUUUGAGUCCGAUUCUUGCGCCGCGGUAUGGUCUGCAUAGAGGUCAGGAUCAGGAUCAGGAUCAGGAUCGGGGGAGGGAACUCGCAGGCAGGGGGGGUGGUGCGCUUCCGCCUUCGCCGCCUUUGCGCUCGCUGUCGCUCUCUCUAUCUCUAUCCCCUGGGUUGUCUCCUGGGUUCGGGGAGGGGGAUAGGCUUGGGAAUGGUUCCGGGUACAGCUAUGGACUGGGCGGCCACCAACGAAUCCUCUCAAGAGCGGAAAGGGAUCUGCGCGAGGAGCGGGAGCGGGCGGGGCGGGAUGUUGUUGAGCGGGUCGGGUUGGGGUUGUUGGAGCCGCGGCCUGUGAGAGCGGAAGGGGGAUUCGGGUUCGGGUUCGGGUUGGGGGUUCUGGAGGGGAUUGAGGAGGUGGUUUGGGGGAGUUGCUUCUAAAGUCUCGGGGGUGGGUUCUUUCUACAGGCCUGCUGGUCAUCGGAGGGAUGUUGUCUGUCUGGGUUUCACUUUGCUUGUCGGAUGGGCAGGAGGGGGCAGGGCGUUUGCGGAAUUGCGGGAAUCAGACCGGCGGCGUUAAUUUUGCACGGACUGAUUUAUGGGUCGUCGACGGGUUCAUGGCGUUGGGUUUGUGUUUUGUCUUUGGCGUUCUACGGAUUUGUGAUUGUUGGGGCUGAUGUGGAGUUGAGUGGUUUUGUUUAUCGAUCUAUCUAUUCUCCUAUCGAGGAUAUACUAAUCUACAUAUUGAACAUCCAUACCGAUAUGGGUUG